AUGCUGACAAGAAAUUGGGGUUUACAGGCCUUACGGAGAUCCAUUAAGGGUGAGAAGGAUAAACCUCAAGUAUCCAUAACUCCUAAGUCUGCCGUCGCAAUCGUCCCCCCUAAGAAGGUAAUCCGAGCCCUCUACGAUUAUUCUGCGCGGUCCAGCCAAGAGCUGAGCUUUUCAAGGGGAGACUUUUUCCAUGUCAUUGGAAGGGAGAAUGAUACGGAAUGGUACGAAGCUUGCAAUCCAGCCCUCCCCGAUGCUCGUGGCCUUGUCCCCGUCGCCUUCUUCCAAGCUCUCGGCCGAACCGAACGGGAGAGCGCAGAUGGCGGGAAACCCGCCGUUCCCAAAGCAGAACAUGACUCGGGGUAUUCGGAAAAUGGCGCGGCCGCAAUGCCAGGCGUAGGAGGUAUGGGCAGUCCCCCAAUGGCGCAGAGCCAACGCAGUUCGAAGACGGGGAAAUCUGGGGCCAUGGUAUACGGCAUCGUCCUUUAUGACUUUCAGGCAGAACGUGCGGACGAACUCGAAGCCAAGGCUGGGGAGGCGAUCAUAGUCAUCGCUCAAUCAAACCCCGAGUGGUUCGUAGCCAAGCCGAUCGGAAGACUUGGUGGCCCAGGUCUCAUUCCCGUCACUUUUGUCGAAAUCCGAGACAUGGCAACCAACACGGCCGUUCCAAACCCGCACGAGGCAGUUAAGAAGGCAGGCAUUCCCAAGGUUGAGGAAUGGAAGAAGAUGGCCGCAGAGUACAAGAAUAGUAGCAUCACUUUGGGCAAGUUCGAGGCUGGCGGCCCACCUUCACAAGGCCUUGAGCAAGGGAUGGACAGAUUAAGCCUGCAGCAACAACAGGGACAACCCCAACAGCAAUUCGCUCAACCCCACCAGCAGCAACCUCCGUUGAUGAGCCCUCAGAACGGCGCAUAUCCCCCGCAACAAAUGGCCUCUCCCGGAUAUCAACAGCAAACAAACAACAUGCAACAAGCUGGCGCCUACCCUAACAGCAUGUACGGGUUCAAGAGCGCGUCGCAGCUCUUUGCUCCUGUGGCUGCCCAGAUUCCAAAGUACUGUUUCGCGGACGAGAAGUACUGGUUUGUCAUCGAAGCCGAACUCGAAAAUGGCCGGCGAUGGGAAUUGUCACGGUAUUACGAGGAUUUCUAUGACUUCCAGAUUGCGCUGUUGACGGAAUUCCCUGUUGAGGCUGGAAAUACCCCAGCGCAGAAGCGCACGCUGCCCUACAUGCCUGGGCCAGUAAAUUACGUCACGGACCAGAUUACUCAGGGAAGAUUGCGAAAUCUCGACGAAUAUGUCAAGAAUCUGCUUGCCCAACCCCCUCAUAUCUCGAGGUGCAACUUGGUCAAACAGUUCUUCGCUCCUCGGGAAGGUGAUUACGAGAUCGAGCCCAACCCUGAAAAUGACGAUUACAGGCUCUCUGGGCAGUCUUCGACCGAAUCUCCCGGGGACGCGGCUUCCCGUCAAUCGUCGCGAAACAACCUCAACGGAAAUACGUAUGGUGUAGGUUCGGCAACGCCACGCCAACCGGGCAGUGGAGGAUUCAACGGUCCGCCAGGUAUGGCUCCCCAAAUCCCGUCUUUGCCACCGCAGCAGCUUUCUUACGCGCCUUUGUCUUCAGGCAUGAACCAGGGAACACCGUCCAUGAAGGUCAAAUUCCAUUUCAACGGUGAGCUCUAUGCGAUCCGCGUUCCAACCGACGUAUCGUUCCAGCAGCUGUACGACAAGGUUUGCGAGCGACUUCGGAUCCCGCCGGGCGACGAACUUCAACUUUCAUACAAAGAUGAGCAAACGAACGACAAGCCGAGCCUACUGAGCGAUAACGACCUUAACAGGGCUUUGGAGCGCAACGAGAAGCUCUUCCUCUUCGCCGAGCUCGUCUAG